AUGGCGGACACUGCCUCGAAGCAUCGAGCUGAGUUUGCCUUUGCUCAGCUUGAGAACGAGAGAUCUCUGACAUCUCUUCGUGACGAGCUAAGGGUAGCUCGUGGGAUUGUUGAUCGGUCUUGGGAUGAGAAAGCUGCUCUUCAGACCCUUAUCGAUGCCCACCAUCGGGAGCACAAGGCUCUCUGCGAGAUGCUUGAGCGCAAGGGCGUUCUUCAUCGGAAGAAGCAGCGUACUGAUGGUACUGCUUAA